AUGCCAAUGGAUCUUCGGCUCAACACCACCCUCGAUGCAGACCAACGUCUCCAACAACUCCUGGCCAGGAAAGCCGAGAUAGAUGCUCAGAACGCACACAUCCAGGCCGAGAUUGCGGCUCUCUUCCCUCCCAGUGCUCCGUCAUACCAACUCCCGCGGUCUCCUAUCAACAAGCAUCGUCACCGUCGAGGUGUAAAUGUCUCCCGGAGCAUGUCCAGUAGCGGGGCCACCAUGGCCCGGCAACACUCUGAUCUGAGCGGAGCACCACCCCCACGAUCAAGAACCCUCUCCCAACGCUCGGCACCCGCACCCUCGAUGGCCCGUACGAACUCGAGAGGAGCCUCUUCAGCAUCCAGCGGCAACCUCGGGUUCACCCAAAGCGCCGCGAUGCCGCCACCCUUCCCUGCCGAAUCUCAAGAAAGCCUGGCGAUGGAGACCUGGAUGAAAGACCAAUCCAUGAACACCUACGCCUUCUCCCAUCAGACUUCCGGACCUCUACGAUCGAUAUCGCAACGGGGACACACGCUCGAACAGGUCGAGGAACUGGAUGUCGGCGAGGACCCGAGUGAGUUUAUCUCGCGAACAGUAGGCACACCAACACACGCCUUUAACGAAUAUUCAACAUCAUCUCCAGCCUUGCUGAACAGCAGCCAUCUUUCAGCCGGCUCGUUCUAUGGGGCAACACCAACUACACCCACCACCGACACCCUCACGAUCGCAACCACGCUGCAAAGUAGCAUGAGUCAACAGAGCCAUGAGCCUGUGCUCGACAGCUUUCAGAUGAUGAAAGUUAAUUCGAACGCUUCCUAUUUCACAGAUAUCAAUUCCCCUGAUCACCAUAUGUUUGAUCAUGUCAAUGCUUCGUUCACAACUUUCCAGACUCCCCGUUCGUCUAGCGAGGAGCAGAAACAUCUUCUUGCUGGGCUCGGUGGUGCAAGUCAUGACUCUCAAUUUUCACAUUCUUUCCCCUCUGCCGAUGCUUUAGUAUCUCCUAGUUUUGGUGCGAAGAUGGAGAAAUCCCAGUCGAGUGAAAGUACUUCUUCGGCUUCGUCAUCUAGAAGUAAACAGCGCCUGCUUGCUACUGUGGCUGCUGCGCGGCCGUUGAAGCCGAGAGGCGGCGACGAUGAGAAUGAUAUGUCUCGAACAAGUUCGUCACGAGCGACCAAUCGACUCGAAUCGGAAGACGGCUCACAAGAUAAAGUUGCUAUCUCGAAGCCUACCUAUCAACGCCCAAGACACGAUCGAGUCUUUUGUAAGCAGUGUGAGAGCCACCCAGAUGGGUUUCGCGGCGAACACGAACUGCGACGGCAUCAGGACCGAGAGCACAAGCCAAUGGUCAAGAAAUGGGUUUGCAUCGAGCCAACCACCUCUGGUCACCCCAAACCUGUCGUGCCUUUAUCGAAAUGCAAGGCAUGCUGUCAGCAAAAGAAAUAUGGCGCAUAUUACAAUGCCGCUGCCCACCUUCGGCGCACGCAUUUCAAGCCAAAGGCUAAGGGCCGAAGCAAGACUGCUAAGGGUAGUGGCGGCGAGAAACGUGCUGGGAAAGGUGGCGGCGAUUUGCCCGUCAUGGCUGAGUUGAAGUUCUGGAUGAAGGAAGUGGAGGAACAGGCGACCGAAUACCCCCGCACAGCCUCGCAGGAGGAUGUCGACGAUUCCGAUGACGAACCGCUUCAGAAUGACUUCGACGAUCAGGUCUUGAUAUCCGAACAAACAUCGGGCGGAAACAACUUCGACGAAUCGUUCCUCACUCAUACAUCGCCGAUUCCCAGCAUCUACGCCGCCACAGGCAACGACGCCUUCGUGUCUAACGAUCUAGCUUCUGAACAAGGUUCAUUUGCUAACUCGUCAAUGUAUGGUCAUGACAGUUUUUCUCAUUUCUCUCCCAGUUUCUCGAACGACGCCAUGGCGUUCUUCGAUUCUUCUCUUCCUCAAGCUUUUGAUGACCAAGCCUCGGCUGGUCUUGAUUUUGCUUCUGUAAAUUUUUCUUUUCAGUGA